AUCACUUCUAUGUAUCUUAUAAAUCAUUUGCUCUCCUACCUACAUCUAGCUACCUUGCAAUUCUUACAUUACUACAUCAAUCCUUAAAAUCCUACAAAAAUGCAUACACCAAUAAUCAAUCACAUUAUUCUACUUCUACCAUUCCUUUUCAUUACAAACACUUGUUUUUCUGCAAGUGAUGAUUUCAUAAAAACAUCAUGUGGAGUUACAAGGUACCCUGAAUUAUGUUACCAAACCCUAUCAUCUUAUGCCAAUACCAUUCAAGAUGACCCUCUACAAUUAGCCAAUGCAGCUCUAAAUGUAACCCUAAAAAGUGCCAAGUCAACUUCAGAAAAUGUACUAAAGAUGCUGAAGGCCCAUAACAUGCCUAAAGAAGCUGGCGCCAUUAAAGACUGUGUGCAGAAUAUGAAGGACUCGGUUGAUGAGCUUCAGGAAUCUUUGAUGAUGAUGAGGGAUUUGGAUGGCCCUGAUUUUGAGAUGAAAAUGAGUAAUAUUCAGACUUGGGUUAGUGCUGCUUUGACUGAUGAGGACACGUGUAUGGAUGGAUUUCAAGGGAGUGGUGUGAAUGGUAAGGUUAGGGAUACUAUUAGGAAGUUUAUUGAAAAAGUUGCUCAGUUAACUAGUAAUGCUUUAGCUCUUAUAAAUAAGAUAGCUUAAUUAGCUUGUUCCGAUUAGGGAUAAUUAAUUAGUUAUGUAUAAUUAGAUGAGUGCAUUUUAUUAAUUCAGUUCUAAUUCCAUUUUUUCCAUCGGAAAAUAAUGUCUGUUUUAACUAAUUAGCAUGUAUAUGUACAUCUUGUAAGUUUUCAGCUUGACUAUAUAUGUUAUAUGUUAUAUA